AAGUCACCUGAAUUAUUUGUGCUAAGAAUUCUUGUCUGUGGAUAGUGUUUUGAGUCAUAAUAUUCUAAAUUCACAUUAAACCUUAAGCCGGUGAACAUUCUAACCAUUUGCGUUGGAUACAAGCUAUAAAGAAUUUCAAAGCAUAACAUUACCAAGUUUAUUUAAAACUCAAAUUGACAAAAUUUCCAUGCUUCUCCAGUUACAGCUGCUGUGAUCUUUUACCUAUUAAGCUCAAUGGCCUCCCGAAAGAAGAAGCUUCAAGGUCUGGUUGCUGCAACCAUCACGCCGAUGACCGAGCAUGGAGAAAUCAACCUUUCAGUCAUUGGUCAGUACGUGGAUUAUCUUGUGGAAAAACAGGGAGUGAAGAAUAUUUUUGUGAAUGGCACCACGGGAGAAGGCCUGUCUCUGAGCAUCUCAGAGCGCCGCCGGGUCGCAGAGGAGUGGGUGACAAAAGGAAGGAACAAGUUGGAUCAAGUGGUAAUUCAUGUAGGAGCCCUGAGCUUGAAGGAGUCCCAAGAACUGGCCAAACAUGCAGCAGAAAUUGGGGCCGAUGGCAUCGCUGUUAUUGCACCUUUCUUUCUCAAGCCACAGAACAAAGAUGACCUCACUGCUUUCCUAAAGGAGGUGGCUGCUGCUGCCCCGGCACUGCCAUUCUAUUACUAUCACAUCCCUGCCUUGACAGGGGUAAAGAUUCGUGCUGAGGAGCUGCUGGAUGGGAUUCAGGAGAAGAUCCCCACCUUCCAAGGGCUGAAAUUUAGCGACACAGAUCUCCUAGACUUCGGACAGUGUGUUGAUCAGAAUCGCCAGCGACAGUUUGCUUUCCUUUUCGGGGUGGAUGAGCAACUGCUGAGUGCUCUGGUGAUGGGAGCAACGGGAGCAGUGGGCAGUACCUAUAACUACCUGGGGAAAAAGACAAACCAGAUGUUGGAGGCUUAUGAGCGGAAGGACUUCUCUUCAGCCCUGAAUGAUCAGUGGUGUCCCAGGGAAGUGAUGUGGGAGUUUUGUAUUCAGAGAUUUAUCAACUUUGUGAUCAAACUAGGUUUUGGAGUGUCACAGACCAAAGCCAUCAUGACUCUGGUGUCUGGGAUUCCAAUGGGCCCACCCCGGCUCCCACUGCAGAGAGCCUCCAAGGAGUUUAUUGAUAAUGCAGAAGCUAAACUGAAGAGUCUGGGUUUCCUUUCUUUUACGGAUUUAAAGAAUGGAAACUUGGAAACCUCUAGCUAAUGCCACUCUAUCAAGUCAGGGUGUGUACAUUGGGAUAUAAUCCACCUUGAAUAGUGCAUUCAUUUCUCAAGGACUUUAUAGACGAGCUUGAACUAAAUUCUUUCCCAGCAAAUGAAAUCUCCCAUCAAAUCAACAAGUAUUUAAGUACCUACUAUGAUCUUUAAAAAGUUUUAUUUUUGUGAAGGGACAAAAACUCCAAAAGGAUCCAUGAGCCCUGAGUCAUUCAGUAUUGCACAAAAUUUUCAUGGAGAAAUUUCUGCUUCUAUGGAUGAAAUGGAAUCAAGAGGGAAAUUGUAAUUAAUUCCAUUUGCUUUCAGAGCUCCCAUUAUCUUGAUUUCUGGUUCUCAAUCCUCUCUUCAAGUUUUCUCAUCUUAAACCACUUGUAAUGUACUUUCAUUUCAAUAAAUAUUCAUUUGGAAUCUAG